UGCACAGGUAGACGGAAAAGGAGGACACGUAGAACGACGUGCGUCAUACGCAUAUCCGAAAUAUUUAUACUUUAUACUAUGAAAAAAACAUCACAUUCACGUUGAAGAGACACGGCAUGGGAAGUUCAAAAUCGAACUGUAGAAGAAUUGAUAGAAUAAAGUAUAAAUAUUUCAGUUAUGUACAUGUAUAUGACGCACUUCGUUCAACGUGUCCUCCUUGUCCGGCUACUGACAUUAUGUCGAAUCGGGGAGUUUUAGUUAGAUGCACUCAAAUUAGAUUCUCUUGCAGCCCAAUCUGGCGAGUGAAACGGACAGGGUGGGUGAACCACAAGGUGGAACAGCCAGAGAGUGUGUCAGACCACAUGUAUCGCAUGGCUGUCCUUGCCAUGCUUAUUCCGGAGGGCAAAGGACUGCGUAGGGACCACUGUAUGAAGAUGGCCAUAGUUCACGACCUGGCAGAAUGCAUAGUUGGGGACAUUGCACCGGCGGAUGGGAUCAGCAAAGAAGAGAAAUACAGACGAGAAAAGGAUGCCAUGAAGCACCUGGCUGGUCUUGUGGACCCUACUGUUGGUUUGCAGUUCUGUGAACUCUGGGAAGAGUAUGAGGACGGCUCCACUGAAGAGGCAAAGUUUGUGAAAGACUUGGACAAAUUUGAGAUGAUCCUGCAGGCUUUUGAGUAUGAAACGCUCCAGAACAGGCCAAUGGAGUUACAGGACUUCUUCGACACAACUAAAGGCAAAUUUACGCAUCCGACUGUUCAAGAAUGGGUGAAGGAAGUCUACAAGCAACGAUGGGAAAAAGCAGCUGACCAGAGCUGACGAUGCAUUCAUCCAAACCAGAAGGCUGGACCUUUGAGUGUACAUGUGCAUGGCAGGCGUUAACCUUCAACCAAAUGAGAAUCAUUGUUGGUGUUUUUUCUUUAAAAAAAAUUUAUUUAAGUCUUUCUGGUAAUGGCACCAAGGAUUCCUCAAAAGUGCCCU